CUUCUUUUCAGGGCAAUUAUUUGUCAAGAAAUUUGUAAAAUAUACAAAGAUGAACGUGAUUACUGGAUUCUAUAUACCGUUUGGGGUUAUCACUGCAUUCUGGUUUCUUGUUGGUGUGAUAAGUCCAAUUUUUGUACCGAAGGGGCCCAAUAAAAUGAUUGUGUCCGUGUCAAUAGUUUUGACCGCUGCUUGUUGUUAUCUCUUUUGGGUCGGUUUCUACUUGGCACAGUAUCACCCGUUCUUUGGUCCGUCUCUGAAUUCAAGAACAAUACGCAUUAUCCAGCAGCAGUGGACGUACAGUGAGAUGAAUGAAGAAUUACAAACUGAAGUUAUUGAAUUAUGCGUAACAGCAUGUGAAAAAUAUUCAAAUAAUAAUGAACUAGCUGCCCGUAUGGUUAAAGAGACAUUAGAUCAGAAAGCGGCACCCGGUUGGCACGUUGUUAUCGGUGAAGGCUAUGGUGUUGAAAUUACACACGAUGUUAAAUAUUUAAUCUUUCUAUAUUUUAAUGCUACAUUAGCAAUAUUAAUAUGGAAAUGUUCAUAAGUGAUCCCCUAUCUCUGUGUGUGUGUGUAC